UUGUAAAUCGCCACUGUUUUAACUACAUGAAGUACCUGAUGACGAGCGAGACCGGUUGAACUUGAGGUUGCCGCUGGUGUGUCUUGUUUGUGAAGCGGGGUUUUGUGAGCCCCUUUAGAUCAUCUCUUGUAUAUAAAAAUUUAUUCGGAAUGUCUGGACAAACUUUAAACGACAGAUUAACUGCUGCAAGGCAUGCUCUUGCGGGCCAAGGGCUAGCCAGGAUUGUGUGCAAAGCAACAACAGAAGAAGUAAUAGGACCAAAGAAGAAGCAUUUAGAUUAUUUGCUGCAUUGUACGAAUGAACCUAAUGUAUCAAUUCCACAGUUGGCCAAUCUUCUCAUUGAGAGGACACAGAAUACCAGUUGGGUGGUGGUUUUCAAAGCACUUAUCACAGUUCAUCAUCUCAUGUGCUAUGGUAAUGAGAGGUUCACACAGUAUUUAGCAUCUAGUAAUUGUACAUUUCAAUUAGGGGGUUUUUUGGACAAAGUUGGAGUACAAUCUUAUGAUAUGUCUACAUUUAUCAGGAGGUAUGCAAAAUACCUCAAUGAAAAAGCUGUGUCAUACCGAACAGUUGCAUUUGAUUUCUGCAAGUGCAAGAGAGGGAAAGAUGAUGGAAUGUUGAGAACAAUGAAUACAGAACAACUUUUGAAAACACUACCAGCAUUACAAACUCAACUUGACGCCUUAUUAGAAUUUGAUUGUUCAACAAAUGAUCUGACUAAUGGUGUAGUCAAUUCAUGUUUUAUGCUUCUGUUCAGGGAUUUAGUUCGAUUAUUUGCUUGUUACAAUGAUGGAAUAAUUAAUCUUUUAGGAAAGUACUUUGACAUGAAUAAAAAGCAUGCCAGAGAUGCUCUAGAUAUAUACAAAAAAUUUCUAAUUAGAAUGGAUAGAGUGGCUGAGUUUUUGAAAGUAGCAGAGAAUAUUGGAAUUGACAAAGGUGACAUUCCUGAUUUAACUAAGAUAGCACGUCGUUGUGGAAAUCUUCCUAUCUUUAUUUCUAAACAUGCACCAAGUAGUUUGCUAGAAGCAUUAGAACAGCAUUUGGCAACUCUAGAAGGAAGAAAGGGCUCCACAUCUGCAGCAUCAGCUGCUGCAAGAGCAACCAACAUACAAAAUGCUGUCACUGCUUUAACACAUACGAGCCAUGCAUUCAGCAGUGCUGGAGAAAAUUCCCCUCAAGAAGUGAAUGGUAUGAAAAUUGAUGAGAAUGCCCGAAAAGCUGUAGAGGAAGAAGCUGAAAUUAUGAAUCAGCUGAAGUUUGACAAUGAUUCUCCUCUUCUCUGGGAGCAACCUGCUUGGGAAGACUCGGAGCGUCGUCUAAAAGAAAUGUCUGCAUCUGGUGAUGUGAUAUCUCCUCCAGCUGGUUCUGUCAAGACUAAUCCUUUUCUUUCUUCACCCUCUGAACCACCUGCUUCUACAACACCUUCAGCAAAUCAGAAAAUUAUGGAUCUCUUUAAUACAUCAGCUGAACAUGUAAGCACAUCAGCAGCUAAUGGCAGUGUUACUCCGAGUGAUGAUCUGCUUUGUCUGAAUAACAAUCUCAGUAGCAAUCCCUUUGCUGAUAGUUUAUUUGGAUCACAAUCACAGACAAAACCACAGCAACAAGAACAGAAUUCAUUUGCUGCAUUUACGAAUGGUUUUGGAUCCUCCACUACUGAUGCAUUUGCAUCAGAAGCUUCUUUCGCUGCUGCUUUUGGUGACAGUCCAACUGCAGCUAACCAAGAUACUCCUGCUGAUAAUGCUGCUAAUACCCCUGCAGCUCCAGAGACAAAUACUGUGAAACUUAGUCUUCCAGUCAUGGAACCCUUUGGAGGACGUUCCACAUCACCAUCUCCAACUACAGAACUCAUGAGAGGUGCCGGCACUACACCUAUAUUGGCCAAUGCACCAGAGGGAGGCUUUGGGGAAGCAGUUGAGACUGCCGAAGAAGCCACUGCCCCUGCUGCAUCUGGAAAGGAAGAAAAACAAUCUGAUUUAGUAUGGGGUAGCACUACCUCAGAAGCACCUACUCCUGUUGCUGCAUCCUCUGCUACCACAACUUCUGCAACAGAAGAUUUUUUUGGUGCUCCUUUUGAGCCCACCCCACCAACAUCAGUUCCCACGGCAGUUGUCACUCCUUUGUCUGUUCCUCCUCAGACAGAAGCUGUUGACAAAGACUUGUUUGGCUUUGAUAAUGAAAUAUGCGAUCUGAGUGAUCAGCCCUUAUCGGCCCAACCAUGUGCUCCUCCACCUUCUCCUUUUGGUGGAUUGGACAUUGGAUUGACAUCAAUUGGGGGAACUGCUUCUCCUGAUCUUAGAACACAAGCUAUAGCAAAUGCAGUUGGUGUUGCAAUGCCUAUGCCUGCUCAGCAACAGCAAAGAAUCCCUGCAGCUUCAUCUGGUCUUGAAGACCUGAAUUUUGCCAUCAGCCAAGCAAUGCAGCCUAAACUAUCUCCUGUCCCAGCUGCUUCUCCAACUUUUUCUCCUUCCUUACCGGGGCCAAGGCCAGCAUAUGUUGGGCAACCUUUUCCUGUUGGAAUGAUGCCUGGUCUUCCUCUUGGUAGUGCUACCCCUCCAACUUCAACAUCUAUGAAUCAGUUACCUGGUGCUAUUGCCGGCACCCCAACUGGUCGGGCUUCUUCAACACCAGGUUAUGGUACUCCACCUUCUGGAAUGAGCUCUCCUGCUAAAUCAAUAUCAGGUGUUGGAGUUCCCAUGGCAGGAGGAUUUGAUGCUUUUGGAGAUACUCUUCAACCUCAUGCUACUGUUCCCAAAACAACUACAUCACAAGAAAAAACAGGUGGCUCUAGCAUAUUAAAAGGAGAUCUGGAUUCAACUUUAGUCAAUCUUGUUUCGAAUUUAGAUAUUAAUGGCCCUAAGCAAGCUCAUAAAAAGCAGAGUGGUCAUCAAUGGGGCUCGCCAAAACAACCUGUAAAAACCACAGGUCCAGCUGGAUGGACUGCACCUGCAUCAGUUGUACCUGUCAGUGGAGGAACUGUUCCUUCAACUGCUGGAUGGUCAGCUUCCCCUCAACAUGGAUUUCCUCAAAUGGCACAGCCAACCACAGCUACUGGUCAAUGGGGUGGUGUUAUUGGUGGUUCUUAUCCUCAGCAACCUGCAGCAGCUGCAGGUGUCUUCCAGCAACAACAAUUUAUGACUGGAGGAGUGAGACCUCCAAUGGGUGCACCUGUAAUGGGAGGAAUGCCACCAAUGGCUGGCAUGCCACCUGCUGCUCCAAUGCAGCAGCCUGCAUAUGGAGGUUUUGUUCCUCAGGUGCCUCUUAUGCCUGCUGCAGGUCCUGGAAUACCAACUCAAGCGACGUCUGUCAACGAUCCCUUUGGUGCCCUGUGAAAGAAAGGAAUUUUCCAAUGACGAUCUCUGGACUGGCUAAAGAGCUUCGGCUAAUAAUGAAUCAUUGCCUUUAUUUCUUUAGCGUUUACCAGUUAAUGAAAUGUGAUGAAUAAUCUUGUAAAAUAUGAUUUGUUGCAUUGUAUUGUAGUUAUUAUAAAUGUCCCUGUUAUUAAUGUUAGAUAUUUCCCAUAUAAUAUAAAUAUACCUGUGAAUAUACACUAUUUUGUUCCUACUGUAUAGCUGCUGGCAGUGUUGUAUUUUUCUGACUGACUCUGCUGUCAUACAAUCUGUUUGUGAGUGUUUAAUGUUAUGAACUAUUAAUUUUCACAAUGUUACAUUUAGUUUUUAAAUCCUUAUUUUCUAUUGGAAUUAUUUUCAUACAUUUUAGCAAAGUAUUUGAGUAAGAAGGCAUUUCUCUGGUUAAAUGCUAGUUGCAGUAACUUUUCCAUUGUUAAUUUAAUUUUUUUUUUUUUUUUUUGUUGCAAAAAGAAUACAACUAUUUUGACAACAUUUAAUUCAAUCCAGAUUUCUUGAUGUCACAUUGGAUUUAAUCUUCAAUGUAUUAGUAACUUUCUAGGUAAUGUUAUAUGUAUAAUAAAUAAAUCAAACAUUUCUUCAUCGUGGAUCACGAAGCAACUUGCAUUUAGUCUGAGUUUUCUUCAUAUUCAUAUGUUUUUGUCCCUUAAGGAGACAUUCGAAUGAGAUGUAGUUUAUGUUAAUGGAUUAGAUUGUAACUAUGAUGUACUAUAUAAUCACAGUAUCCAAACAUCUAUAAGAAAUUAAUCUGCAGAAGAUUCUAUGUGCUUUAAGCUUUCGUGCAAGAAAUAUGAACUGUUGCCAUCAAUGAAAAAAAGUUAUGGAUAUUUUAUUGUUGAAUUCUUUUUUAAAUUUAUUAACAAAUUUGAUUUUUUAAAAUUAUAACAAUAUUUAUUAUCUUUGUGUACAGAUUAACCUCUUUGUUAUUUUUAAUGUGAAAUGUUUUAAAAGAAUAUUCUAUUCCAUGUUUCAUGUUUUCACUGUUUGUUUUUCUCAUGCAUUCCAAAUCUUGAUUUGCCAAAUUGUCCAUCAUUGAAGUGUUAUUUAUGCUAUUCGUUUUUUCUAGCAGUUUUAAAUCUCCCAAAGAUUUGUGUCUUACAAAUAUAACUGUCUUCAAUAGUAGUUAAAACUUCAAAAGCACAUAAAUGGUGGGUACAUAAUAAAAAAAAAAUUUCUUUAAAAUACAGAAUCGUUGUGUUGU